AUGGCAUCUACUGAUGUGAGAGAGGAUCUGAGCUGCUCCAUCUGUCUGAACAUUUUUAAGGAUCCGGCAUCGCUGAGAUGUGGACACAACUUUUGCCGGGAAUGUAUUGACCAUGUGAUGGACACUCAGGAGGAGUCUGGACUUUAUAUCUGUCCGGAGUGCAGAGAGGAGUUCCGGGAGCGACCUGUACUGUAUAACGCCAGAGCUCUACGUAACAUCGCGGAGAAGUUGCUCUUUUCUCAGCCCGAUCAGGAAGAUACGGGAAUCUAUUGUACUUACUGUGUGGACUCUCCUGAACCGGCUAUAAAGUCCUGCCUGCAAUGCGAAAGUUUUCUGUGCGGCAAACAUUUGAGAGCCCAUAUCAGGUCACCAAAACACAUUUUAUUCGAUCCUAACAACUUCCCCGAGAACAGAACAUGCUCCAUCCAUAAAAAGAUUCUGGAGUAUUACUGCACCAAUGAAAAGGUUUGUAUCUGUGUUCACUGCAUUGUUUUUGGAAAACACAGAUUACACCGGGUGGAACCACUAGAUGAAGCCUCCAAGAAGAAGAAUGAGAAGUUGAGGAAAGAUCUGGAGAUGUUGACCUCCAAUAAAGAAUGGGCUGAGAAAAAAGUCCAGAGUCUGACGGAACGCAGGGCGGACGUAGAAAUAAAAGCAGCCGGUGUAACAGAGAGAGUCACUGCCAUGUUUAGAGAUGUCCGGAGAGAGCUGGAAGAACUUGAGAAGAGAGUCCUUGGUGACAUUUCUAUGCAGACAGAGAAGAUCUCACAAUCUGUGUCCAAUCUAAUCCAACAACUGGAGAUCCAGAAGGACGAGCUGUCCAGGAAGAUGAGUCACAUUGAGGAAUUGUGUAACAUCUCCGACUCAAUGAUCGUCCUGAAGGAUCAGAACUCCGACAAAGAGGAGAUCUGUCCUACCGAGCAGGAGGCUACUAUGGACUCGAUGAUUCCGUGCGAAGGUGGUUUCCAUGAGGAUUCCAUCAGAGACAGAUUACGGGAAUUAUCUGACUUUAUAAAAUAUAUUCCCAUCUGUAUACAGAAACCAGAAGGACUUUUACUUGACGAGGAAACAGCCGCUAACGAUAUACAAAUUUCAAUGGAUUUAAAAACGGCGAAAUUUUCAGAAGUAACAUUAGAUUAUCCGAUAUCUCCCAAAAGAUUUCAUCUCUAUCAGGUUCAAUGCAGGAGAAGUUUUUCUUCGGGGCGGCAUUGCUGGGAGGUGGACACGAGUAAGUCCACUGGAUGGAGAGUUGGGUUGUGUUAUCCCAGUAUGGACAGGAGACCAUUUAUCGGGAAUGAAAAAAAUUCCUGGUGUUUGCGAAGGGACGAUGAUGAGUAUAAUAUAGUGCAUGAAAAGACAUUUGUACUAUUUCCUCACCGGCCAACCAGCCAUAAAUUCAGGAUCUAUCUGGAUUAUGAGGCCGGGCGGAUCUCUUUUUAUGAGCGGAGUGACCCCAUCAGACACCUCCACACCUUCACCAUCACCUUCACCGAGCCGCUGGAAUUUGUGAUCUGUAUUUGGAAUGGAUUAAUGACUAUUACCAACUAG